CUCUCUUCCUCACCCGACUACGCUGCGAUUCGCGUCAAGGUAGUCGUCUCUCGGCUUCCGUGAUAGACUUGCCAAUCUAGCACUUUGUUAACUUGAGAGCGUCCGGUAUCGGUCUGUUCUAAUACUUGUAAAUCUCGAAUCUUUCAAUACUCGCGUACUUAAUCCAAUAUUGUUAACGAUACAGUUGGAGAUCAAAUUCGAUCUCGAUUCAAAAGUGAAACUUAAUCAUUUAAACGCUCUCUCAAAUGUUGACAAAAUUUUAAUAAACGAUUAACAUUAUCGACAAAUUUUAUUUUAUAAAUAAUUAAAUUGCCAUAGCAUCCCGCAAAUUCUUUCGCGAUCUAUUCCAUAUUCUUUAUGGUAGAUCAUAGCGUGACCGCUGUUAUUUCCGACGUUAAUAGAACGCGUUACGUUGAAGCGUUAGAUUAAAACAAUCGGAAGAUUCUGCCCUCGAGAACGAUACACAUCCCUCCACUGCGGUAAUCUAUCAAAGCGACGAGAUUCCGUUUUGCAACAAAAUGACCUCGGAAGGUACCUUGAAUGAUCUGGGCUCGACCAAUUGGACACCGGAAAUGCCCACCGUACAGGAGAUCAGCGAGUCAAUGCAGAACUUCGGUACGUCGGAUUACACCGUGUUCGCGGCGAUGCUGAUCGCCUGCGGCAUGGUCGGCAUCUAUUUUGGCUUCGUGAACAAGUCCUCAGGCGAGGACGAGUACCUGGUAGGCGGAAGGAACAUGAAGACAUUUCCAGUCAGCCUCAGCCUGAUAGCGAGCUUUAUAUCGGGUAUUUCAUUGCUUGGUACACCGACGGAGAUUUACGUGCACGGUACGAGCUACCUCUUCAUCGGUUGCGCGGUCAUCUUCGUCGGUCUUGUUAUGUCCAUCGUAUUCCUGCCGGUCUUUCACGAUCUCAAACUUACCAGCACGUACGAAUAUCUCGAGAAACGUUUCGACAAAAGGAUCAGAUUGUUAGGUUCGGUCCUCUUCACCAUCGGUAUCAUGACUUGGCUCCCAAUUGUCAUCUACGUACCCGCAUUGGCCUUCAAUCAAGUUACGGGGGUGAAUGUUCACAUAAUCACGCCUUUUGUAUGCAUUGUUUGCAUAUUCUACACCUGCGUGGGCGGUCUCAAAGCAGUAGUAUGGACGGAUUUCAUUCAGACUUUCAUCAUGUUUGGCUCCAUGUUGUUAAUUAUAAUUAAGGGCACAGCCGACAUCGGUGGAUUGUCUUUGGUGGUUCGGAGAAAUCUAGAAUCCGGAAGACUCGAAUUACCCACGACAGAUUGGAGCCCUUUGACGAGACACACGAUUUGGGCGCUUACGAUAGGUGGUUUCGUACAUUGGCUACAAGUUUCCGCUAUCAAUCAAAAUAUGAUUCAACGAUACUUGUCACUUCCUACUUUGCAAUCAGCUAGAAGACUUAAUUAAAUUUUUAUAGUCGGAGUUUUAAUUCUGAUUGGCAUGUGCGGAUACGCCGGUCUACUAAUUUACGCCUGGUAUCACGAAUGCGAUCCACUCACGACCAAGCUGGCACGUGCCAAGGAUCAAUUGUUGCCACUGCUGGUCAUGAACGUUUUAGGACAAUUUCCAGGACUGCCUGGUCUCUUCGUGGCUGGCGUGUUUAGCGCUGCGCUCAGCUCGCUGUCGACCGGCUUAAACUCUAUGGCGGCAGUAGUACUAGAGGACUUUGCCAAGCCCUUCAUCAAGACCCCAUUUACGCGUAGAACUGCCGAUAUCUUCAUGAAGCUUACCGUUGUCGUUUUGGGCGCGACGUGUGUUGCCCUCGUCUUUGUCGUCGAACAGGCGGGCAUUCAUGUGCUGCAGUUAUCCAUGAGUCUGGGCGCCAUCACUAGCGGACCGUCUCUUGGCAUUUUUAGUAUGGGAUUAUUGUUACCGUGGAUCAACGGCAAGGGUGCUCUGAUCGGAGGACUCGCGGGUCUGAGCUUCAUGGGUUGGCUCGGUCUUUCCGCUGAAGCGGCCAUCGCUAGUGGACAAAUUAAAUUCGAUGUGAAACCCGUCACCACGGAGGGAUGCGCUUACUCGUUCCCGCAGGUGGAAAAUUUACUGCUAUCUGUACCGCCGAAUUCGAUUUUGGACGACACGAGUGGAGAGGAACCAUGGGCAUUGUACCGUCUCAGUUAUCUUUGGUACACUAUGACCGGUGCCUUAAUGACUAUAAGCGUCGGUCUCAUCGUAACUCUUAUUACCUCCCAAAAUGUUGAAAAGUUAGAUCCGAUGCUCCUGGCGCCAUUUAUGAGAAAAUAUUUGAAGACUUCAAACAAAGAUAUCACGCCCGAAGAACUUCAUCAGGUCAAGAUUGCGAAAUCUGAGAAGGACGAAAAGACGGGAUCUCGCACUAUCAAUGAAAAUGAUAAAUUAUUAGAAGCGACUUCGACAUGAUGUGUAAUAUACAGUUCAGUUAUAAAAUUAAUCGUAUUAUUGAAUUUCUGAAUGUAUCAAAAAGAUAGUUUCAUAACUCGGCGACAUCGUUUUGUGCAUCAAAGUUCGAAUUAUUAUAUGUACUAUAACAGAAGCUUUGUACAAAGUUCAUAUAUGUGAUACUAUAUACUCCUUUGGUAGCGUUGUUGUAUGUACAUUGUUAAAAUUAUUAUAGAUUAUUGUGCAUAUUGUUUUUACUUAAGCGCCCUGCAAUAAAAAGGAUAUGAAGAUAUUGUAUAACAAUUUUACUAAUUAUUAAUUAAUUUUAUUAAUUGUUUUACAUUGUAUAUAUAAUUAAAAAAAUAUAUAGAAAAUAUGAAUAU